UGUUUGCUGUGCUUUGUGGGUAAUCAGAAGACAGUCCCACGCGGGUUCUUUCCUUUGGUUUCAACGUUAGGAGAGUGAAGAUGGCGGAUGGGGUCUUUUCAACGACUAAGAAGCACAAGAAAAAGAAGGAAACGCAAGUAGCCGACGAUAUCGGGGACAUUCAAGAGGCGGGAGACUUCCUUAUUAAACCAGAGUCCAAAGUUGCAUCGUUGGACACCUCGCAGUGGCCUCUGUUGCUCAAGAAUUUUGACAAGCUAAAUAUACGGACGGCACAUUACACACCUCUGCCUAAUGGGUCUAAUCCUCUGAAAAGGAACAUCCACGAUUAUGUCAGGACCGGUUAUAUCAACCUGGAUAAGCCCGCCAAUCCGUCCUCCCAUGAAGUAGUUGCCUGGAUCCGCCGGAUCCUGAGGGUGGAGAAGACCGGGCACAGUGGCACGCUGGAUCCCAAAGUCACAGGCUGUCUGAUAGUGUGUGUGGAGCGAGCAACACGCCUCGUCAAGUCUCAGCAGAGUGCAGGCAAAGAGUAUGUGGGAAUUGUUCGGCUGCACAAUGCUAUUGAGAAUGAGCUUCAGCUUAGCAGGGCAAUGGAUACCCUGACUGGUGCCCUUUUUCAGCGCCCUCCUCUCAUUUCUGCUGUUAAAAGGCAGCUAAGAGUGAGAACCAUUUAUGAAAGCAAGCUGAUUGAGUACGAUCCAGAGAAGAGGUUAGGAAUCUUCUGGGUUAGCUGUGAAGCGGGCACCUACAUCCGGACGCUGUGUGUUCACAUAGGCCUUUUACUGGGAGUCGGUGGCCAAAUGCAAGAACUGCGGAGAGUCAGAUCUGGUGUGAUGGGAGAAAAGGAUAACCUGGUGACCAUGCAUGACGUAAUGGAUGCGCAGUGGCAGUAUGACAAUAACAAGGAUGAGACCUACCUGAGACGUGUUAUCUUCCCCUUGGAGAAGCUGCUUGUGUCCCACAAACGGCUUGUCAUGAAGGACAGCGCGGUGAAUGCUAUCUGUUAUGGUGCAAAGAUAAUGCUACCUGGUGUUCUCCGUUAUGAAGAUGGAAUAGAAAUGAACCAGGAGAUAGUUGUCAUCACAACUAAGGGAGAGGCCAUUUGCAUUGCGGUUGCACUCAUGACCACGGCAGUGAUCUCUACCUGCGACCAUGGUGUUGUAGCAAAGAUCAAGAGAGUCAUCAUGGAGAGAGACACCUAUCCUCGCAAGUGGGGUUUGGGACCAAAGGCUAGCCAGAAGAAAAUGAUGAUUAAGCAGGGCUUGUUGGACAAACACGGAAAGCCAAAUGGAAGCACUCCUGGGACAUGGAAGGAGGGAUAUGUAGAUUACAGUGCUGCAAAGGCUGUUGUAGCUGAAAGUGAGCAGACGGGAAAGAGGAAGAGGGAAAGCAGCAGUGAAAGUGAAGAGGCUGCAACUUUAUCUGUACCUUCCACUCCUAAAGCUGAUGAGAGCAAGAAGAAAAAGAAAAAAGAAAAAAAAAAGGUUGAAUCAGCACCAGAGCAGAGGGAGAGGGAAAGCGAUAGUGAAAGCAAAGAGGCUGCACCUUCCUCUCCUAAAGCUGAUGAGAGCAAGAAGAAAAAGAAAAAAGACAAAAAAAUUAAGGUUGAAUCAGCACCAGAGGAGGGUGAAAGUCACAAGAAAAAGAAGAAAAAAAAGAAGCAGAAGGCAGCGGAGACUGAAUCAGAGUGAUAUUGACAGCAAAUCACCACUGAACUGUGAAGCAUCAGCAGACCUUGUCCAAUGGAAAGAGAUUGAGAGUGCCAAGAACGUCUUGGUUUCAGACAUUGCAGGAACGUGAGCUGUGAUGAGGUUGUAGCAGCCUGUCUGAUCCCUGCUGUGUCACUCGCAGCCUGUAUCUGUUCUAGCAGCUGGCACGCUGUUCUGGGCUGGCCUCCCUACUCAUUUUUUUGUUUUUAAAGGAGUAUCAGAAGUGGAAGAGUUUUUUUACCACUUUCUGAUCUAUGGUUUUAACCAACCCUGAAGGUAUAAAUCAAAACUGAAUGUGAAUAUUGCAUUGUGCAUCAGUUUGUUUUUGUCCCUUAAACUCUAUUUCUCUUUUGUGCAGUUCAUUCCAGCAAUCUUAUACUGUAAACUCAAAAUGGUUUUUGUUUUAUAUUGUAAUGGCAUUUUAAGACCAGGUUUAUUAUUUUUGUAAUGUAAAUAUAAUUGAUCAUGAUCAACCAGCAGAUAUUGCAUUAAACCUGGUGGACAUGGAA